CUGCCAGGCACAGAUCAAUGGUGUGUAGUGUGGGACCAAACACGCUGCUGCCGUCGCCGCCGCUGCUGCUGCUGUUGCUGCCGCUGCUGCUGCCGCUGUGCUGCUGCUGCUCCACCAACCUUCCUUACCCUGUGCCUCCGUGUCUUUAGUCGUCCUCGCCGCCGUGACUCUCGUCACCCCCGUGGUGGCCAAGUGUGUGUGCGUGUGGUAGUAUUGUGACCGGCGGGGUAAACGUGGCAGGAUGUGAGCGUAGAGUGUGGUGGUGCUAGUGUGGCAGCUAGCUCGGUUGACAUGCCGCCACGCAGUCAAGGUGGCGGGUCAUUCUCUUGUGUUGAUAUCUUCUUCAACUCUAACCGGUAGCCUUACAGCCACGGCCAUCUUACAAGUGCUUCUCUCAGGGAACCAAAGGGAUGCAACCCUCCUCCCUGGCAGUCCCUGAUUAGCGGGUUACGGGAGCCGCCUGGCUCUACCUCCCAACAUGGGUACGAGGCAUCAACAUCAGGUCUCACAAAGAAAUCUCUUGCGUGUUUUGCGUCUGUCAGCAGCUGCUAACGUGACACCCACGCUCUGGCCACACCCCAGACACAAGAUGAACCUGUGGAAGACAUUGUAGGAUAACACGUCAGUGAUUGUUAUAGAGAUUACCAAUAGUUGGUGCAGGUAGACUGAUGAAAUAAUCAAAGUUGGCUUGUAGUGAUGUACUACGGCUGUCAGAGGUGCCUAGGUGCUUCACCUGCCAUCCAGUGCUUCUAGCUGUCAUAGUAAAAAUAUAUUGGAUAUUACAACAUUUUUUGGUGCAGUAAUUUUUUUGGUGUUUUCUGUGAAGCAAGAUGAAGAAAAAGAGGAAGUUAUAUAACAAGUUGCAUCUGUGUCAUUCCCAUGCGCGACUUGUUCUCUUUAAGAAGGUGAAGGAAAUUGCUGAGGUGCAGAAAAGAUGUUCUUAGCGCAGAGUGAAUGUGCAGUAGUGUGGUUGGCUGUCAUGUUAUGAUGGUAGGGCGUGAACCAUGGUCAGUAACUGGCGAGAGUUACCAUGGAUCGUACAGUUAUCACUCCUUGCUACUUUCUUCGCGCCACUCCAGCCUAAACAAUGACUUGUAAGUAAUCCUGGAACUUCAGCAAUGUGUAGUAUUUGUUGGUGACCCAUGUAGUGGAACGCUACGUGGUGCUUCGCUGGUGUUGACGUAAAUAAUGUACGAGCAGCGGUGCUACGCGCACACAGUGCAAGGAAAACAAUGUGCAGUAAGAGGCGCCUCACCCAUAUGAAUUAUCCGGGAGUGUAAACAAUGCCCAUCUACUCAAGCAACACUGACGUGGCUGGGUAUGAGACCCUCAGCACACGUCGCAGACACAAUCCCUUCCACCGACAGGGAGGUCAAGAGAAAAAUGAUCCCCACCGGUUUGUGGAAGGAUUGAGCUUCAAGGGCAAACUAAUUGGAGUACUAGAAGUCUCUGAAGCUCGAGGUGACCGCAUGUGCCAAGAAGCACUGGCAGAACUUAAGAUGGCUGUGCGUGCUGCCGGAGAACAUAAACAGAGAAUAGUCAUUAAUGUAGCCAUGGAUGGGAUCAGAUUACGCGAUGAAAGAUCUAGUGACUGCCUGUACCAUCAUCCAGUGCACAAAAUCUCCUUCAUCGCUCAGGAUAUGACAGAUACUCGAGCUUUUGGCUAUAUCUUUGGUUCCCCUGAUGCUGGUCACAAAUUUUUUGGCAUCAAGACAGAGAAGGCAGCAAGCCAGGUGGUCAUAGCCAUGCGAGAUCUGUUCCAGGUUGUGUUUGAACUGAAGAAGAAAGAAAUAGAGAAGGCCAGGUCACAACUGGAAGAGGGGAGAGACAGAGGGGAGUUCAGGGAGUCUUCGUUUGGCGGGUUGUUCGGCAGCAAUGGGGACAGCGGAAUAGUGAGUGCCAGUCUGACAAGUGGGGCCGGGGGGGCUAUUGCUGACUUGCUAGAUCUUCAAAGUGAACUGAGCUCCCUUCAGAAGGGGCUCACGGAAAUCAGCCAGCAGCGUGCUCAACAAAACCAGAAGGAGAGUGAGCAGUUUGACCCCUUUGGUGAUUCCUUCAAGCCCACCUUUCCUCCACCUGAUACAAGCAAACCUAGAAUUACAGCAAGUACAGCACCUACACCUGCUCCCUUGGCUCCUCCUCCUAUCUCUGGCAGAACCAGGCAUGAUUCACACCAUGGAGCUCAGCAGCAACAACAGGCGACUGCCACAGGAGGCGCAGAGCAGAAGAGUAGUCAAGAGUUUGGAAAGUUCCCUGUGACAUUUCCAGAUGUGACUAAAUCUCCCCCACCAGCUCAAAAUGAACCUGCAAGGCAAGUAUCACAAACGGGGGAGUCUCAGGAAGAUAGAUAUGCAGCUUUUAAAGAAUUUACUAAUGUGAAUAAUGGGUCAUUUAAUGAUUUUAGUGAUGCAAGGUUUUGCGAAGGACAAGAAUCUCAAGUCAGUGGUGCAUCCAGUCUUCACCAGACGGAUGAGUUUGAUGCUCAGUGGUCAAAAGCAGAGUUCUCUGACUCUUCUGGGCCCUCUGGCAAUAAAGAUGCUCAGUAUGAUGUAUUUACUGACUUAGACCCGCUUGGUACUGGAAAAAAUCGUCCAUACAUUGACAAACGGGACUUUUUUAGUGACAUGCGUAAGCCAGUAGGACGCCCUUUACGUGAAAUGGGUGAUGGGGAGGCUUCAGCACCGUGUUCCCCUCGAACACAGCCAGGAAUGAUUCCUCCUGAAGUUUCUGCAUUAGUUGCUUCAACAUCUCUCUAUGCCACUACACCCAGAUCAAUUUGUGUAACAGCUUCAAGACAUUCUGCAUCUACCAACAUUACACCAGUUCAUGGUACUUCUCUGUCUUCUCAUUCAUUUACAGAGUCUUUUAGUCCUCCAGAUUCUUUUGGACAGGAGGACUUCCAUUUCCAACAAGCCUCAGAAAAAGAUUUCUAUGAGGCAUCUAAUUUUUCAUCCUCAGGAUUUGCUGAUUUUAAUACAUUUCCAAAUGAUUCACCAAGAAGCCAAAGGUCAGAAGUGUCGAGCAGUAUACCUGAUGAACCUCCCCCACCCUUGCCAUGUGGGCCAUUAACUGUAGCCCUGCCUCCUGAAUCAUUCCGAGAUAGUCCUCCACCAUUUUCUCCACCUCCAGUACCAAGGUCUCCUGCAAGAAUGGCCUCUGGUGCUGGUUCUCCACAAUUGCAUCAUCCCCAUCGCUCCCCUAUUCCUCGAACUCGCUUAAGCAAGCACAUGAUCGUUGCAACCUCCUCACUAAGUCCAAAAACUCUGCCUCGUAGCCAUAAGUUUAGGAAACAAUCAAGCUUUGAAAAUGAAUGGGACACAAGAGAUAUGGAGCAUUCUCAAGGGUUUACUAGUGGUGAACUAACACCUCCAACUCCUCCUCAGAUGCAAAGUGAAGGAGGUCUUAGCCCCAGGCCCAGACCAAGAUCUCACUUGUCCAAACAGCUGAGUGCCAGUUCUGCCACAUUAUCGUUACGGCCUUCUCACGGUAGGUACAGUGAUGUUGAGCAAUUUUCAUCUCCAGAAGUAGAGAGUAGGCCUUUUCCUACAGAUGAUCUUAAUCUCAGUUACGAGGAAGCACCCAAGCCACCACCUAGACCUGCUCAUAUAGAACCUCCGCCUCUUCCACCCAAGAGACAGCCUACUCAUGUUACCUUGCGACCUCCUCCACGUCCACCUCCAACAUCUGAUGCUCAUUAUAAUUACAUCAAUGAAUAUGACUCUUCCCCAGAGGAAGCAAAUACUCCACCCAUUCCAAUACCUGCCAGAAAACCUCGCUACCCUGACUCUGCGUCUCAGCCAGCAUUUAUCCCCAGUCGGUGUACUAAACCUCACCCUGAUAGUUUCCAAUUUCCAAAACCAAGCAUUAGUCCUACUCAUGAGUUCACAGGAGCUGUACCUAAAAGCUCCAGAGAAUCUACCCCAAGCAAAUUAUCAACUCCUGGUAAAUCUCCUAAACUUAUACAGAAGAGCACUGUAUCAGUUGACCUUGCAAAUACCAGCUUAGACCAGUUGGCAGCUAGUUUAGAUAUGCCGGUGGAACAGCUAGCGAGGAUGACAGUAGUUGAGCUGGCAGCUUGUUUAGCACAGCUUCAACUAAGACAAGGUGGUGAUUUAGAGGAUCAGGCUAAAGGGGAUAUACAAACAUAUGCAGGUCCCCCAGACAAACCUACUCGGAGGUCUAGAGGUCUCAGCCGAGAUCAAAGCAAGGAGCGCUUUGCAUUUAGUGAGGAUGAAAUGUUUGCUGAAUUUGAUGCCCAGUUUCCUAAGAGCCCAGUAGAACCUCCAGAAUUUAGUGGAAGUUCUGAUCAUGUGGCACAUGCUGUAGGAGCACCAGUUAGUGAAGACAGAUAUGCUGUAUUUAGGGAAUUAACAACAGUUACUAAGCAGAAAUCUGUAUUUGAUGAAAAUUUCUUAACGCCACAAAAUUCCAUGGAGGAAGAAGUAUCUGAAGUUUCUUCUGGCACAUUUAAAGCAAAUUUUGAUGGUGAACUUCAACAUGAUUCCCUGGAGCAUAAGUCUUCCCUUAGUGAUGAUGGUGAUGCUGUAGAAUUGGAGAAAGACAAGGACUGGCACCCUCCAAACCAUGACCUUGAAUGUGUUACAGUUUUCAGAAGUCCUGAAAUCAGUGAGUACGAUAAUUUUGAGCCGGCCUUUGAUGCCAAGUUUGAUGAUGACUUUUCAGCUGCCACAAUGAGUGAAAAGAGCCUCACUCCUGUCAACUCUCCAACACAUCAGAGACAUACAAGCCCAAGACCACAUAGGCAACAAACUGAUGCCCAGAAAUCACCAUUUACAGAUGAUUUCAGUACUUCAAUUCACACUGGUGGUAAUUUAUCUAAACAGACCUCUGGUAGAAGAACCAGGCCAGAAUCUGAAACAUCUUUUGCAAGCUUUGAUGAUAAUUUUGUUCCAUUAGCCUCUGAAGUAGAAAAAUAUUCAAACUUUCAAGAUCUGCCGAGUAAUGAACGGAUAUCCAGACAAGAUUCUCUUAGGUCUCCCUUUAUUGAUAAUUUUGUAGACCCCAAGAGAAUGGAACAAGUGGAUGACAGUGGAUUUGCCUCAAGUUUUGGUGACACUGGAGAUAAAUUUGAUGAUCCCUUUACAACUAUUGAAUCUAAGCCUCGGAGCUCUUCAAGAAGCAGUAUUGACACCUCAAGAAAAACUCCCAUUGACAGAGAGAAUGCUCUGCAACCACCAACAGAUACCUCAGUUAGUAAAAGAAAAAGUCCAUUUGAUGAUGACUUCACAAACCGAGGUGAUCGUUAUGAAGUUCUCAAAGAGGUUGAAAGCGAACGAGAGCCAUCUCUAGAGGGCGAGGUCAGUCGUCUCACAAGGCAAGGAGAUCCCAGAGGCUCUCCAUUUGAUGAUUCCUGGCAUGGAUCUCAUAGAAAUACACCAUAUGAUGACCAAAAAUCUAUCGGUUCAUUACAUUCUAUUCAUGAAGAGCAGAGAAGCCUUCCCCAUGAAUCUCCGUUUGAUGAUGAUUUUAAUCAUGAUGCCCGUAAAGCAUCUGUAGAUCAUGGACGGCUUUCCCGUUCAGGCUCUGAAAAUAGGAAGUCUCCCUUCGGUGACAGCUUCACACCUCCAACCUCUGCAAGACCACACAGGAGUCGUGGCCCUUCACGGCUAAGUGUGGGAAGCGAAGGAAGUGAUGUUAGACAUUCCCCAUUUGAGGAUAAUUUUAGUUCAAUUAUUGGUAGUGUAGCUGAAGAAGUUAAUUUUGAUAAUGCAUUUCCUAGCCUUCCACAAGACAUUACAGCAUCAAGUGAAGCUGUAGAAAGUGAUCCAUUCAGUGUUAAGCUCAGUAAAGUGCAAGACAAAGUGGAAGGAAGUGAAAGUGAAAUGCAUUUUGCUGACUUUGAAAAUGCCUUUCAACAAACUGAAAAUGAAAUGAGUAGUGAACAACCUAUCCAAAACCAAACUUUCAGUACCCCUGGAAGGACCCCUGUAUCAAGUGAAGAUGCUGUUCUUGAUGAUGUGUUUCCCAGUGAGGAGCCAGAGUUUAAAGUCUCUGCUCGUUAUGUCAUUCCUAGCUCAGACAUGAAAAAGUCAGAAUCGGUGAACAUCUUCCGCCGAAACAGCGAUCCCUUUGCUGAUGAUUUUUUCAGUGCAGAAAAUGAAAUUGGUGAUAAUGCACCAUCUGGUAAAACUGAUGCUGACCCAUUCUGGGAGGAACCUUUUGAUAAUUUUAGCUUUCCAAAAGAGCAGUGAAAACUUGCUCACAUAGAACACCAAUGUUAAGGAUAGUUGUACAUAUAUAUGGAGCAUAUUACAGUAUAUAAAAUGAGUGUACAAUGAAAAUUUAAUAUUUAAUGUCACAUGUAAAGUCCAAAAAAUAGUAUUAAUAAUUUGAAGAGAAAAUGUUAAUAAACAAGGAAGUUUAUGAAGAAAAAAUACUGUAUAAACAUAGGCAAUGUACACAUUUUGAGUUGUCUAUAAUUUUGAUAAAAAUGUAAAACUGCAAUAUUUUUAGCAUCAGUAUCAAAAAUAAUUACUCAAGAAAAAAGAAUCUCAUAGGUUACACAUUGAGUGCAUAGUUAUUGAUAGAGUUGUUUGCACUUUUGUUAAUAUUUAUUAUUUAUACAUAUGCUUACAUAUGCAAUACUCAAGGGUGUCUGUCAGUGCUAUCAAGGACAAGAAUUUCUUUUCAUGACUUCAUUUUUAUUUGUAUUUUAUUUUUAGAUGACAGUGUAUAUAAUAAGUUUGGAAAUGUUUUCAGAUCAUUCCAUGAUUUUUUAUAAUUAUUAAUGAAAUGACUUGGUAGUAAAAAAAGAAACCUAAUAUUGUAAUUCAAAAAUGAGAGAUAUAGGCCAUUUUUCCAAGCUGUGAUCUGUUUUGUGUUGUAUAUUGUGUAUUUUGUUAGCCUCCAUAAUAUAUUGUCAUAAAUUCCUAAAAAAAAUUUUGCUUAGGAGGUAAAAAUGAUACUUUGUAGUUUAUCUAACAGAUGUACAAAAGCUCUUUCAUUCCGCAAUGUUUUAUGUAAGUGUGUCAUGGAUAUUUUGUUUAUGGUAUAUUUUUUAUGCAUCUGAGCUCAGUCACUUCAGACCAGCAUUGUAAAACUGUAGUUGUCACAUUCUCCAGCCAGAAUUAUUGUUGUCCCAAGCAGUGGUAAAAGAAACAUGAUUUGAGUGGUUGAAGUGUUUGGUGACUUAGUGAUGGCUCACACUGGUUAAAGAAGGCUUGCAUCACAUGAACAUGGCCAGUCUAAGAAUGCUCUUCGUAUACCCACCGAGUAUGAUUUUGGUUUGUUCCAUAAACCAGUAUAAUGAGUAUUAUAAGUAGAUUACUGUAUCAUGCUUCAUUCCUAUUAUUGGUCACAAAUAAAAGAACAAAGAAAAAUGGUUUGCAUGAAUUAAUUACAUUGUGGUUGCAGCAUCAGUCCAAUGAUGUGAUCAGCUGCCAUAUUUCCUACAGCAAGAACAAGUAUGUUGCUCAGAAUAUUUGUACUGUGCAAUUUAUCACAUGUGAGUUUAGCAGAGCAACAGGUUUUAAUGCCACAGCAUGAGACAAGUCACACAUAAUACAGGCGACCCCUGCACUGACGACCUAAUUGGUUCUGGGAGAGCUACCAUCAGUUGCACCAUUGUAAAUCAAACUGCUAUUUUCCACAGAUGUACUUUUAUAGUGGGGGGUUCCAGUCAGGGAAACUUGGGUCAUACUCUUAAAAUUUAAUUUUUCUAUGAACUGUUUCUCCAGGGGUAAAAUGUUCAUAAAUGCAGGGGAGAGUAAGUUAGACAGUUGUGACUUGGGGGUUGCCUGUACUUUUUUUUUAAGUGCUCAUUAAGCCAUAUGGAGAUGUUUGUUUAAAUAUAGUAGUUUUAAUUUGAAAGUGUAUUGUAUAUGUUAAUUUUUGGUGAAUAAGACACAUGUGCAACACCUGGAUAUUUUUAAGAGAUAUUUUGCCAGUCAGGGGCUUUAUCAAUCAGAUACAAAGACAUGAGAAAGGAGACUUGCACAGGGAAACAAGAGAGAUAGUAGUAGUGGUCAGGUUGAUGUGUAAUGGAGGAGCAGCAGUAGUGGUCAUGUAGGUGUAGAUCGGGGCAUUUUAACUAAUAAGUGAUUUUAUUUGAUUGCUGUGUCUUAUUCACCAUCUUGUCCAUAUUUGAUCAAGUUAAUUUUUAUUGACAUUAACCUGUGAACUUCAGUCAUACUUUGAAUUAUAUUAUACAGAACAGUCAAAUCCCAUUAACCCGAAACCUGUUAAGCCAGAAAUUUGAUAUCCCACACCAAGCAUUUAAAAAUGGAUGGGCCAUAAUUUUUUCUUUUAGCUGAGCCAAUAAAAGGUGAAAAUAGCUUUUUUCCUGUAUGACGAGUCUGAUGCAUCAUGUUUUAUUUAGAAAAACUAAACAGUGAUUAGUAAUAACCCUAUAAAUUUUUGUGUAUUAUUAAACAGUAUUUAAGCUGUGUACAAGCUUCUUGAGUGUUUUAAAGAUAAAUUUUAUAUGACUUACCAGUUUCCAUGAGUUCUUCUGUCCCAUACCAAAUUUAAAUCAGAUAAAUGGCCUAUAUCAAAACAGGAAAUACCAUGUCCAAGGUUAGUUGAUGGUAAACAAUGCUUACUGAUAAUUGCAUUGGAUACAUUACUAAAAAUAUAGUCCCCAUAUUAAUUAAGGUUAAAUUUUAUAAUGAAUUACCAAUUUCCACAUAAUUUUUCAUCUCCUUUCAUAUUUGAGUUAAAUAAGUAACCAAUAUAUAAAUAGUUGGAAGAGGAAAUUACUGUCUGUUGAUAGCUUAACCUAGGUUUCAUUCGUAGCACUACAUCAUACCUUACACUGCAAAGCAAAAUGUAUAUCAUGGUUAUAAUUUUACAAUAACUAUGUUUAAUAGUGGGGAAAGAAAAAAAGAACAAUACUGUGACUGGAACAAUAGACCAGUAACUUGCACAUAGGAGAAAGAAACUUGUGACAACAUUUUGGUCCUACUUGGACCAUGUUUGCUGGUGACUCAUAAGAAAUACAUAUAAUAAAGAGUGAGAAUGCAAGAAAAAGGCCAUGAAACAAACUGCCAAGUAACAUAAGUGAGUGAGUACUUUGCAUAACUUCAAAAAUAAGCCAAACUGGUACAUGAGUGGGAGUAGGUGAUUGUUAUGAUCUGCCCAGAAUGGCUUAGUAGACUCUUCUGAUAUUCAUCCAGGAUUCACCAUUAAACUGUAUCAUUAAGCUGUAAUUACAAGGUAAAUAUAUAUUCAGCUUCAGUAUAGCCCACACUGUGUCCUGAUUGGAGAGGGUGGGAUAGUAAUAUAUUUUUUUUUAUUAGCACACUGGCCGAUUCCCACCAAGGCAGGGUGGCCCGAAAAAGAAAAACUUUCACCAUCAUUCACUCCAUCACUGUCUUGCCAGAAAGGUGCUUUACAUAACAGUUUUUAAACUGCAACAUUAACACCCCUCCUUCAGAGUGCAGGCACUGUACUUCCCAUCUCCAGGACUCAAGUCCGGCCUGCCAGUUUCCCUGAAUCCCUUCAUAAAUGUUACUUUGCUCACACUCCAACAGCAUGUCAAGUAUUAAAAACCAUUUCUCUCCAUUCACUCCUAUCAAACACGCUCACGCAUGCCCGCUGGAAGUCCAAGCCCCUCGCACACAAAACCUCUUUUACCCCCUCCCUCCAACCUUUCCUAGGCCGACCCCUACCCCGCCUUCCUUCCACUACAGACUGAUACACUCUUGAAGUCAUUCUGUUUUGCUCCAUUCUCUCUACAUGUCCGAACCACCUCAACAACCCUUCCUCAGCCCUCUGGAAAACAGUUUUGGCAAUCCCGCGCCUCCUCCUAACUUCCAAACU